GCCCAUCUCGGUCAAACGUCCCUACCUGUCGAAAGUAUGGUUUGGGAUGGAUUCGCCCAUCCCAUAGGGAUAGACUUUGCGAUUGAGACGCUAGUCUGCACAUUGUAAAUAGCAAUCCAGUAAAAAUAUUCAUCAGUUUUUAAGCUAAAUAUGUCGAAUCACAGGCCGGAGCACGUUGCUCCUCCAGAAAUUUUUUACAAUGAAGAGGAGGCAAAAAAGUACACCUCAAAUUCUCGAAUGAUUGAAAUUCAAGUGCAGAUGGCUGAAAGAGCCAUUGAGUUGCUUGCAUUACCAAAUGAUCAACCAAGCUUUAUACUUGACAUAGGUUGUGGUUCUGGAUUAAGUGGAGAAGCUCUUGAGGAACAAGGACAUUAUUGGGUUGGCAUUGACAUUAGCAGAGCUAUGCUUGACAUAGCCAAAGAAAGAGAAGUUGAAGGUGAUAUUCUUCUGGCAGACAUGGGACAAGGAUUGUGCUUUAGAGCAGGAGCUUUUGAUGGAGCUAUAAGUAUUUCAGCUCUCCAGUGGCUUUGUAAUGCAGACAAAAAAGAUCACAAACCAGCCAAGCGAUUAUAUACUUUUUUCACUUCUUUAUACGGAUGCUUGAGUCGAGGAGCUCGUGCUGUCUUUCAGUUUUACCCUGAAAAUGCAACGCAAAUUGAACUUGUCACUACACAAGCUAUGAGAGCAGGGUUUGGAGGUGGGCUGGUUGUUGAUUAUCCUAACAGUACCAAAGCUAAAAAAUAUUUCCUUGUGCUUCUAACAGGUGGCCCACAGAAAUUGCCUGCUGCUUUAGGAACAGAUGAGGAAGUAGCUCGACAAGCCAAAUAUUCUAAAGCUCAGAAGAAAGACAAAAUUAAACGUGGUGAAUCAGUGAAAACAUCAAGAGAUUGGAUAUUAGAGAAAAAGGAACGAAGGCGACGUCAAGGAAAGGAAGUGCGUCCAGAUACAAAAUAUACAGCAAGGAAGAGAGCUGGAAAAUUUUAAUCUUGAUUUUCUAAAUUGUAAAUACAUAUUUAUAAAACAA